AUGCAGGAUAGUGAUUCUCUGUCAGUGAGUAAAGAAGAAGAGGAGGAAGAGGAGAGAUGAAGAGGACUGAAGCUGAUUCUGCUGCAGAUCUGGAGGACAAAACAGCUAAAACUGAAGAUCCGUCAGCCGGAGGAUCAGCCAACAUCCCUCACCUCGACAGAUCCCAACAUAAACUCCACCAUCAUUCCAACUCUUUCCUCAAAGCCGGAGAACUCUCUGGAAGUUCAGCUGGUCACCAUAUCAUUAUCUUUACUCAUCUGUGGAGUGGGAAUUGUUGGGAACAUCAUGGUGGUUCUAGUGGUGAUCCAAAGCAAACAUAUGAUGACCGCCACCAACUGCUACCUAGUGAGUCUAGCAGUAGCUGACCUGACCGUUCUGAUGGCUGCUGGGUUGCCAAAUAUUUCAGAAGUCACCUCUUCAUGGAUUUAUGGAUACACUGGAUGUGUUUGCAUCACAUAUCUGCAAUACCUGGGCAUUAAUGUAUCAUCCUGCUCCAUCACAGCCUUUACUAUUGAACGAUAUAUUGCAAUCUGCCACUCGAUCAAAGCCAAGCUCAUCUGCACUGUAUCCAGAGCCAAAAAGAUCAUCGCCUGUGUGUGGAUCUUCACCGCUAUAUACUGCAUCAUGUGGUUUUUCCUGGUGGACACUGAGGAGACGGUUUAUGCUGAUGGUGUCGUGGUCCGGUGUGGAUAUCGGGUGUCCAGGAAUCUCUAUAUGCCCAUAUAUUUUAUGGACUUCACACUGUUUUAUGUGGUUCCUCUGCUCGUGGCUUUGGUUCUGUAUGGUUUGAUCGCCAGGAUCUUGUUUCGAGAUCCGCCAACAUCCAAUAUCUCCAAUCAGAGAUUUGCGGUUUAUCAGGGCAGACGGCAAAACUCACUAAAAGUGAACUGCAAACCCAACCGAGCGGCGUCCUCUAGAAAACAGGUGACACAGAUGCUGGCAGUGGUGGUUGUUGUCUUCGCUCUGCUCUGGUUGCCAUAUCGGACUCUAGUGGUGGUGAAUUCUCUGCUGGAUCCGCCGUAUCUGGACACCUGGUUCCUGUUGUUCUCCCGCAUGUGCAUCUACACCAACAGCGCCAUCAACCCCAUCAUCUACAACGCCAUGUCGCAGAAGUUUCGUGCUGCGUUCAAGAGGCUCUGCGACUGCAAACACAGGUCAGACCAGGGCCGAGCGGGAACACACACUGUGACUGUCUAUUACAGUGUAAUAAAAGACCUCUCCAGUGAAAACGGCAUGAAGAAACAAGACAAUAUGUACACAGACACCUUCAGUCCUGCUUGA